AAUAAGCACCACAGAUACCAGCAAGCCAACCAUCAGAAACCCAGACGCUGUACCACCAUGGCCACCCCUCUCGCCGGCCUCCUCAAGCUCCCUCUCGAACUCCGCCAACAAAUCUACCACUACGUCCUCGUCCCAACCCUCGAAAAUCGCACACUCGAAAUGACCAUCUAUUAUAAAAACUACACCUACAAACUAGAAGGCUUGGAACCAAUCCAGAGCUUGAUCUUCACGAACCGCCUCAUCAACCACGAAUCCCUCCACUACUGCUUCACGCACUUCAUCUUCCACCUCGACAACAAUCGCUACUCUGUUCUGGACAUGAUGACCCAUUUCUACCUAAAGAUCGGCAAACGAAUGCGGAUGCUGGUUCGGUAUAUUGUGAUCCCGCGGUUCGGCGUUGACAUUGUGUUUUCCAGGGGUGGGUACCAGCAUAAGAGUUCUGAGAAGCUACCCAAUAUAUACAAGGGAUUGGUGACGGAUAUGCAUUUAAUGUUUAGCAUGCUGAGACGCUUUAAGGCGCUGGAGGAGGUGCACUUUGGGUUGUAUUUUUUCGAGGUGAGGAGGAAUAAGGAGAUUAAUCCUGGGGUUAUGCGGGUUGAUAAUCGUGAUGGGAAGAGGGAAGAGCCUGGAACGGAGGAGAUGUGGGAUUCGCAUAUCAUGGAGGUGUUUGAGAAGGCAAAAAGAUGGUGGCCUACAGAGAAGAUUGGGAUUUGGUGGGAACAGUUACCACAAGGUGUUUCUAGUGCGGAAUCACUGCGGCUUCAGGAACAUGCUUUGCAGCAGUUGAGGGCAAGGGCUGCACCUGUUCAAGUUGAACUCGUAACUCCAUCGCCAAGCUCGUGGACAAUCCGCAAUUAA